UAGUAUUUGAUUGUUUCUUUACAUGUUAAGUCUGUUUAGUUUGUUGUGUUGAUAGCACUAGAUUAUAGUCUUUACCAUUGCGUGUGUGCAUGUUGUGCAUAAUCAUAUACCACAAAGUGUUUAUAAUUUCAAUUUUCGCGGCUUUAUUGAGUGUCAAUUCAAAAUUGAAAUAGGAUUUAACCAUUCAGUAAGCAGAAACUAAACAUAAAUCUUGCACGCGCGAGUGUGGGAUAACAAAACACUCUUAUCCAUAAAGCCCAAGGUUUAGAAUUUCACAUCGUGAAAUGGACUUUGUUUAAGACUAUGUGUGGAUAUCCUGUGUUUCUUCAAAAAGGUAGUUAGAACGACGAGCAGUUGCCCCCGGUCCCCAGUAAUCCCGGCGCGGACCCGGUAACGCCCGUCUGAACCCUCCCUACACUAGCCCCCCCGGCUACCCUUGCCGUGUGAGGUGACUCAACGUGAGAACCUCCGCCCAUAGUUACAAAUGAGGGACUGCAGGCUGCUCGUUCCUGAGCAGGUGAGCGAAACCGUCUCCGUGUCACCUUUUGCCACUUACACCGAAAGAAACGACAUUACCUAUGUGGAUUUUAUCGCAAUGAAACGCUACAAUGAGGAAGUUACAUUCGUCCCUCGUUUGACACCAGUGGCAUACAGGGAUUCAGUGAUAUGUUUCACAAACUCAACGAAGCGGCGGUACCGGAGCCAGACCCUGUAUGAGACACGCGUGAGGCCCAGCCGCUUCUCUGACACUGUGAUUGUGUUCCCCAAGCGGCCGGUGAAGAGUUUCGUCACAUGCAUCGACCACCACAUAGACGAGUGUCGACGCUGGUUCAAGACCAGCAUGGAGUUCAAGGCGCGGACGUUCACAACCAGGAAGGUGAUAAGGGACUCGGGUGGGGAGAGUGACACCGACACCGAAUACUCUUCGUCCGGGGAAUCAGAGACAGAAGUCCCCCCACCCAGUCCAGGGGUCUCCCAGGUGUUCCUGCCUCGCUGGAACAAGGACAGACAGACGGACGAUAGCACAGUGCCUGUGAUCGGGAGCCAGAUACUCGUAAAUGGCUAUCAUAACUAACAGACAUCCCUAGAUCUCUGAGUUGCGUAACUAAAUGAGAUGGUGUUUAUUUACGUGACUAGACUAGUCUUUUAAAAAGUUUUACUAGGAUAGUGUACUGAAGGGAAAAACGAGAAAACUAUCAUAUAUUCUGAUUUAAACCUUUCGCCAUGCUUAUGAAGUAUUUAAUACAUGUAUACGGAGACUAGUUAAAUUGUUGCUGACAUAUAGCCAUAUUAUUCAUGCUUCAGGGAUUUGAUCAAGUUGUUAUGAUAAAUUAGCAUCUGUGUGCGUUAAUUACAGUGGGGAUAUUAGAGAGGCUAUGAAACACUACGUGAACCUGUACGCGUACAUGUUACACUUGCAUUUGAAUUUUUAAAAGUCGUUUGCGAAAUUUCACUUGUAUGCUCGCUGAUUUUCGCAUUAAUCACUUUCCCUUCGAUAUCGUACAAAUGUGCUCCAUACCUGGAUGAGGAAGGUCAUACCUGGAUGAAGGAAGUGCAUAAAGAGAAGCCCACAUGUACAUGUAGUGUUUUGUAACUAAUCCUCUAAUAUUUCAAUAGCAGUGUGUGAAAGAAGAGUGUGUAUAUAUAUAUUUUUAUCAGUAUAAUUUUGUGUCUGUCUUUUUAUGUUUAGUGCAAUAAACUAUGUCCCUUUGUCUGAAAAUACUUUUCUUUAAUAAAUCUCAUUACACUG